AUGGCAGAAUCUCUACCAAAACUACUGAAACAAAGCGAGUCCAUGUUACCUCCAUACUUGGCAUCCUCAAGUGAUCCUCUAAAUGAGGAACUUCAGUGUUCUGUGUGUCUGGAUGUGUUCACCAAUCCGGUCACCACUCCAUGUGGACAUAACUUCUGUAAGAGCUGCCUGAACCAGUGCUGGGACAAAAGUGAGGAUUGCUCCUGUCCAUUCUGUAAAGAAACAUUCAGUAGAAGACCAGACCUCAAGAUCAACACAGCACUCAGGCAGGUCGUGCAGCACUUUAAAGAAAAGUCUGGUGUGACAAAGUCUGAAGUGCUCUGUGACAUCUGUGAUGAUAGAAAGCAGAAAGCCCUGAAGUCCUGCCUGAUGUGUCAGAGCUCUUACUGUGAGACUCACCUGGAGCCGCAUCACAGAGUCCCACGAUUAAAAAAACACAAAUUGAUAAAUGCUGUUGAAAAUCUGGAGGACUAUAUAUGCGAGCAACACGAGAGACCUCUGGAGCUGUUCUGUAGAGAUGAUCAGACAUUUGUGUGUCCCAUCUGCACUAUGACAGGCCAUAAGAACCACGACACUGUUCCUCUGGAGGAGGAGAGUGAGGAGAAGAAGACUCAAGUGAUGAAGAUACAAACAGACGUGCAGCAGAUGAUCCAGGACAGAAUUAAGAAGAUUCAAGACGUUAAACACUCAGCAGACCUCAGAAAACAAAGCAUGGAGAAAGAGAAAGCGGACAGCAAUGAGCUCUUCACUGCUCUGAUGCACUCCAUUGAGAAAUGUCAGGCUGAGCUGCUGGAGAAGAUGGAGGAGAAGCAGGAAGUGGCAGAGGAACAAGAAGAAGAGCUCAUUGAAGAGCUGAAGAAGGAGAUCACUGAGCUUAAGAGGAGGGACACUGAGCUGGAGCAGCUCUCAAACACUGAAGAUCACCUCCAACUCAUACAGAGUUACCCGUCCAUGUGCAGACCGUUUGACACUAAGCAGCGGACUGAUAUCAGUGUUAACACUCCUGUGAGUCUGAGCACCAUCAGAGCCGCUCUGACUGAGCUGCAGCAGACUCUAGAGGAGAAACUCAGUGAAACCGAGCUUAAGAGGAUGCACUUAUAUGCAGUGGAUGUAACUCUGGAUCCUGAUACAGCUCAUCCAAAUCUCAUCCUGUCUGAUGAUGGAAAACAGGUGAGGCACGGAGACAUUAAGCGUGACGUCCCAGACAACCCGGAGAGAUUUGAUAAAUGUGUCAUUGUACUGGGAAAGGAGGGAUUCCUCUCUGGGAGAUUUUAUUUUGAGGUGCAGGUGAUGAAGAAGACUGAAUGGUAUUUAGGAGUGGCCAGAGAAUCUGUCACAAGGAAAGGGAGAAUCAUACUGAAACCUCAGAAUGGAUACUGGGUUAUAUUGCUGAGGAAUGGGAAUGAAUACAAGGCUCUUGAAGAUUCUCCAGUUUUACUCUCUCUGAAAGUGAAGCCCCAGAAGGUGGGGGUGUUUGUGGAUUAUGAGGAAGGUCUGGUCUCCUUUUAUGACGUGGAGUCAAGGUCUCAUAUCUACUCUUUCACUGGCCAGACCUUUAAUGGGAAACUCUAUCCAUAUUUUUGCCCAGCAUUAAACAAGGAUGGUAAAAACUCUGACCCACUGAUCAUCUCACCUGUCAGUUAAUGAAUAAAUGU